UCCUUCCUUCCUCUUCCUUUCUAUUUCUUUUUCUAUUUUCUCUUGUUUUUAUAUUAAUUUCUAUUUAUUUUGUAUCAUUUUAAUCUUUAAACUGAGCCUAUAUUGUAUAAUCAAAGUGAUAAGAAAAAAGAAAGGCGAUAAACUGUGUGUGUGUGUGUAUGUGUUAGUGUGUGUUUAUAUAUAUAGUGUGUGUAUAUAUUUAUAUUUAUAUAUAUCUAUAUAUACAGCUAUAUAUGUGUGUAUACGUGUAAGUGUGUGUAUGUUUCAAACGCGAGAAUAUACUCUAAAAAAGCAAACGUGAUUGAUUUAUUAUUAAGCUAUUAUUUUAUUAUUUUCUUUUUUACCACCCAUAAAAACUCACGACUGUUCGAGCUAACCAGCAGAGGAGCUGCUAUUUUGAGUUUUUCCAAAAAAAUAUAUAAAUAUAUUUUUUAAAUAUUUUUUUUCGCUGUUCCGAAAACUAUAUCAGCAGUUUGUCGCGAGCAGCGCCUGCGAGCCGUUGCUUAGGGUUACAGCGCGAGAACGACGAUUGGUGUUGUGCACGCGCGCCGCCGCCGCUCUCCCCUCUCCUCCGCUGGAAUUCCACUAAAGGCAGCAAAAUGAAAGAUGAACAUGGACAUUUGAAAAUCUACCUGCCCAAGAAGCUGCUCGAAUGUCUGCCCAAAUGCUCCUCCCUGCCCAAGGAGAGACACCGGUGGAACACCAAUGAGGAGAUUGCUGCCUACUUGAUAUCGUUUGAAAAGCAUGAAGAGUGGCUAACGACAUCCCCGAAAACAAGGCCACAGAAUGGGUCUAUGAUCCUGUACAACAGGAAGAAGGUGAAAUACAGGAAAGAUGGCUACUGCUGGAAGAAGAGGAAAGACGGCAAGACCACGCGGGAGGAUCACAUGAAGCUGAAAGUGCAGGGGGUUGAGUGUCUCUAUGGGUGCUAUGUCCACUCCUCCAUCAUCCCCACCUUCCACCGCAGGUGUUACUGGCUGCUGCAGAACCCAGACAUCGUGCUGGUCCACUACCUGAACGUGCCGGCCAUAGAGGACUGUGGGAAGCCGUGCGGGCCUAUCCUGUGCUCCAUCAACACAGAUAAGAAGGAAUGGGCCAAAUGGACCAAGGAGGAGCUCAUCAGCCAGCUGAAGCCCAUGUUUCAUGGCAUCAAGUGGACUUGCAGCAACGGGAACAGCAGCACUGGCUUCUCGGCCGAGCAGCUGGUGCAGCAGAUCCUGGACAGCCACCAGACCAAGCCACCUCCCCGGACUCAUAACUGCCUCUGCACGGGGACGCUGGGUGCUGGAAGCAGCCUGCAUCACAAGUGCAACAGUGCCAAACACCGCAUCAUUUCCCCGAAAGUAGACCCGCGCUCCGGAGGUGCCUACAGCAGCACCCACUCCGAAGUGCAGAACAGCGAUGUGUCCGAGGGCAAAACUGAGCACACCCAUGGAGGAGGCAAGAACGGCAGGGCAGGAGUCGAUGGCCCGGGUGGAUCCUCCGCGCGUGAAAAGAGGAACGGAAAAGUGCCGAAACCAGCUCUGCUCCACCAGAACAGCAUGGAGGUGUCCUCCACCAACCAGGUUGAAGUGCCCGAUACCACCCAGAGCUCCCCGGUGUCCAUCAGCAGUGGCCUGAACUCUGACCCUGACAUGGCCGACAGUCCGGUGGUGACCGGCAUGAGCCACGUGGCCUCAGUCAUGGGAAGCCUGUCUCAGUCCGCUACUGUCUUCAUGUCAGAGGUCACCGGAGAUCCUGUCUACAGCAUGUCUCCUACAGGGGAUCCCAACGCUCAUCUCCUGGGCCCCGACACAGCCUCGAGCAGCCUGGUGCUGGCAGUUGCUGCUGACAGUCACAAGUUUGCCUUCCCCGGGGCUGUGGGCGUGGGACUGGGAGAUGCUGGGUCUGCCGAAGGAUUGGCCAUGCUAUCGGCGGCGAGCGUGUCCGAAGAGCUCGUCUUAUCUAGCAACCUGGAUUCCGGAACUAUCAAGCUGCCCGAGACCAGCGUCAACUUCGACCCAGACUGCUUCCUCAACAACCCCAAGCAGGGUCAGACCUAUGGGGGCAAUGGGCUGAAGACAGAGGUCACCAAUGGGAGUAGCUGCAGUAAUGGAGGUGUCCGCUGUUCACCUCCUCUUGCCGACAAUGGUUACGGCUUCAAUGCCACGCUGGUGAAGAACAUCAAGACGGAAGACACGACCUUUGAGCAGCAGUUGGCCAAGGAAGGUGGUUACCAAGUUGGGGAAGUGGUCAGCGCUGCAGGUGGCCUCUCAGGCUCCUCAAGCAGUGGAUCUGGCCAGAGUUCCCUAGCUCUGACUCCCACUGGCUCCCUGCUACCAUCUGGAGGUGGCUUGAGCCCUAGCACCACCCUGGAACAGAUGGAUUUCAGUGCCAUUGAUGCCAAGCAAGACUACACCUCGACCGUGAUGUCUGCUGCUGGCUAUGGUCAGGCCAUUCCCAGCCCUCACUUGACCCACCAGAGCCACUCUCCUAGUUUCUUCCUGCAGGGCUCACCCCAGUCCACCCAGGCCCAGAACCACCAGAACAAUGGCACUUCUGCACAGAACUCCCACGACACUGGUGCCUACAUGGGUUUGUCUGUCGUCAAGUCCGACUCAAACGGCACCAACGGGCACCUCCAUCACCACCACGCCCACCAGGGUCAGCAUGGAGCUUCAAACUGCAAUGGCAACUCUCCACCAGACAGAAAUGGACAAGGUGGUACUCUUCAACUUCUGCAGUAUCAAAACACAUUCCCUGGUCCUGGGCAAGAACAUGAGGAGGUCAGGAGUCUGGAGCAGCCAGCCAGCACAGAAGCAGGGGAUGCAGGUUGUCAGGAGAAGGAACGGGAGGGCAUGCUGAAGGCAGGGGAUCAUCUGCAGCCUUGCGUGGGCAAUGGGGCAGACGGCAGCGGGGCCACAGAGCACUACCUCCAGCAACCAGAGAGCAGCAAUCUUCCAGCUGGAGCUGGAGGAACUGGGACGGGAGCUAACAAUGGAACCAUGUGUAACGGCACUGAGGGAAGUGGCACCGCUGGGAGUCCACAUCAGCAGCUUCAACCACUCUUACAGGGGGCAGGGCAUCUCCAGGGUCUCUUUAACACAGUGGCAGCCCAUCAGGGUCUGAGCGCCGGUGGAGCAAGCGGAGGCGGAUCUAUGGAGAUCAAUCUUGAUCAUUUUGAUGUUUCCUUUGGAAAUCAGUUUUCAGACCUCAUCAACGACUUCAUUUCUGUGGAGGGGGGAAAUGGAGCAGCAGUGGGGCCACAAGGGGGGAACGCACUCUACAGCCAUCAGCUGAUGGCCCACUCCGGCACAGAGGGCCAGGUAUCCUCCGGAGCAACAACCCAGCAGGGAGCGGAUGAAGGAGGAAACCGUGGAGCAACCGGGUACAACUCUGCAGACCUCUGCCUCCAGCCCUGCUGCAGCCCCCAGUCAGCCCAGUCCGGGGCAGUUACUGGGGAAACUGGGCAGCUGUCUUACAUGCAGGUGGAGGAGGUUGUGUCGGCUGCUGUGGCUCACGGGACCAUGGGGAUGCUGCAGGCCACUGGGAGACUGUUCGUGGUGACGGACUAUUCACCGGAAUGGUCUUACCCUGAGGGUGGUGUAAAGGUUCUGAUCACCGGUCCUUGGCAGGAGGCUAGCAGUGAUUACACCUGCUUGUUUGAUCAGAUCACUGUACCUGCUUCCCUCAUCCAGCCAGGAGUACUGCGAUGCUACUGCCCAGCUCACGACACAGGCCUGGUGACCCUUCAGGUGGCAGCCAGCAGCCAGAUCAUUUCCAACUCGGUGGUGUUCGAGUACAAAGCCCGCGCUCUUCCAGCUCUGCCCACAUCCCAGCACGACUGGCUCUCACUGGACGAUAACCAGUUCAGAAUGUCCAUCCUGGAGCGUCUGGAGCAGAUGGAGCGCAGGAUGGCGGAGAUGGCCGGCCAGCAGCAGCAGGGCAGCGGAGGAUCGUCUGAAAGUGGAGUAGCAGGAGGAGGUGGAGGUGGUGGAGAAGGAAGGGUCAUUGCUGACCAGUCACAGUUCUCCACGGGUCAGAGUCAGUUCCAGGCUGGAAGCUCUUUUGAAAGUCGUGUGGUGGUGGUGUGUGAGAAAAUGAUGAACCGGGCCUGCUGGGCCAAGUCCAAACACCUGAUCCACUCCAAGACCUUCCGGGGUAUGACCCUGCUCCACCUCGCAGCUGCCCAGGGCUACGCUACGCUUAUCCAGACUCUCAUCAAAUGGCGCACUAAACAUGCAGACAGCAUUGACCUGGAGUUGGAGGUGGACCCCCUGAAUGUGGACCACUUCUCCUGCACACCCUUGAUGUGGGCCUGCGCUCUGGGUCACAUGGAGGCAGCCGUGGUUUUAUAUAAGUGGGAUCGACGUGCUCUGGCCAUCCCCGACUCACUGGGUCGCUUACCGCUGGCCACGGCCCGAUCCCGUGGCCACACUAAGCUGGCAGAGUGUCUGGAAAAUCUUCAGCGGGAGGAGCAGCAGCAGCCAAGCGCACUCACUGCAACUCCCAGCAUGCCUUUCUCCCCAUCUGGAGAAGGCUCGGCCGCAGAGGGCUGGAUGGACGUGUGGGGAAGUGAGAGUUCUUCAGUGGGACUCGGCAUCAGUAGCUCUGCUACAUCAAACACGGACUUGAGGAGACCCAGAUCCGAACCUUCCAGUUUCUACAACACCGAUAGCCAGGGCGAUGCUCCACUAGCCAAGAAACACAAGCCCAAUCCUGAGAGCAACCAAGCAAGGCCUGGCAAGCCCAGCUCCGCUCCUCUUAGACUGGAAGAACAAGCCCACAAAACGAAAACCUGCCCUCCCAAAGUACCCAGGGAGGGAACAGCAGACAAGGAGGCGGGAAAAGGCGAGCAGUCACAGACUAAGCUGGGCUCGGCCUGUGGAGGAGGUGGGCGGUGGAGCGCCAGACAGGCUGUAGGACGCCGGGGCCAGUUUGGAGGGCUCGCUAAAGAAAGGCUGGCAAGCAGGCUGAGGUUAAGAGAAGCGUCUGGCGCGGCGACGGUCUCCGAGCUGCUGGCGAGCCAGGAAGAUCUGGAGAACACAGGGGACUUACAGAUGAACAUGAUGACGCUGGCAGAGCACAUCAUUGAAGCAACACCUGAUCGCAUCAAGAGCGAGAACUUUGUCGCCACAGAGUCCACACCGCUGGACAACGUUGGGGUCAACACCACCAUGAGCUGGUUGGCCACUUACCUUGGGGAUGCAGAAAGGUUCCUGUACAACAAGCCCCUGGCUUCCUCCGCCGGCUUGGGCGGCGGCCAUGCUGGCGUCCAGCCGGAACCCGAGAGCCCUCUCGGGAAACUGGGCCUUCCUUCCCCGGCAGACUGGAGCGCCUUCCUCAACACCUCCCACAGCAAAGAGGAGCGGGACCUCACCCAGCUCGCCCUUUCGGACCACGAGCAGAGGGAACUGUACGAGGCAGCACGCCAGGUCCAGAGCACCUUCCGCAAGUAUAAGGGGCGUCCACUCAGAGAGCAGCAGGAGCUGGCAGCUGCUGUUAUUCAGCGCUGUUAUAAAAAGUACAAACAGCUGACAUGGAUAGCCUUUAAGUAUGCACUUUAUAAGAAGAUGACGCUGGCCGCCAUCCUUAUCCAGAGUAAAUUCCGCAGCUACCACGAGCAGAAGAAGUUCCAGCAGAGUCGUCGGGCAGCCAUGCUGAUCCAGCAGUACUACCGCAGCUACAAGGAGCUCGGCCGGCCCAACACACACUCACACUCCCACGCUGCUGCAGCUGCAGUCCUGGUGCAGCACAAACUCAGAAGGGGUCUACUGACCAAGAGGCAAGACCAGGCCGCCAGAAAAAUCAUGCGAUUCCUGCUCCGAUGUCGCCAUAGCCCCUUGAUGGACCAUAGACUGUUCAAACGGGGCGAGAGAAUUGAAAAAGGCCAAGGAACAUGAGAGCUCGCCAAAGAGCCCCGUCGCAAUGUAACGUCCACGUCCAGACUGUUCCCCUUUCCCCUUUCUGUUUUUACAAGAGACGAACAAUUUACAAAAAGGCAAAAACUAUUCAACAAAAAAAAAACAAAAAAAACAAACAAUGGAUCCCAGAAGAUGGUGGAACAUCACGGUUACUGACGGUUCUCUUACUGACAGUAGUUCAACUGAUCCUGUUGAUUCUGGUACUGCCACAGCAUUGUGUAUUUCUCCUCUCCAUUGGGGAAAGAGGGGAGUUCUGCUUAUAUGAAGACUAUAUCGGGGAAAUAUGACAUUAUCUUCAUGCCAUUUUUGCACUCUUCAUACAUUUUUCUUUUUCAAAAAAAUUAUAUAUAUAUAAAUAUACAUAUACAUAUUAUAUAUAUCGAGGAGUGACUGAAGGCGCGGAGCUGAAGGCUUUUUUUUCUCAAGGUUUUUCUCCUGUCAGAGGAUUACGAAAAACACAAAAUGACAUUUGCUUUAUUGUAAUCAUACCGGAACCUGCUUACAAUUAUUCUGUUUUUAUAUUUCGAAAGGAAAGAAAAAAAAAGAACAACAGUUUGUUUGAACAACAAAAAAGAUCAAAAAUGAACAAAAGCAAACCAAAAAAAAUGACCUCAUCUCACUGACCAUAUGCAUGCAGAGUUUUCAGUCAGCUGUAUUAAUGUAUCAUGUCUACAAAUCAAGUCACAAAGCUUUGUUUUUACUUUUGACUAAGCCAUCCUUUCAUUCUUUCAGUGAUUAAAAAAGAAGGGAUGGGCUUUAUAUGAAUGUAGACGGGGUCUAGGGAAAGAUGAAGAAAUUUCAGUGUCUUAAUUUUUUGUGUUUAUUUGUUUUGUUCCUUUGUGUUUUGCUGUUUUUUUUAGAGGAAGGGAACUAGGGAUGGUUUGGAACUGUACGCGAGGCGGAUCUCUAUAGGGUACCUAUAGAUUUGUGUUUUAUGUGCACUGUUUUUUGACUUUCUAUACGAGUCCUUUUCUUAAUGUCACCUUUUUUGCUGGCCUGACUUUGUGAGUCCCGUGUUUUAUGCUGAAUUUAAUCUGGAAACAGUGCAUGUGUUUGAGCCAAAUGCUCCUGCAUGCUGGUGGAACUGUUUGUUUUGUGUUUCUCAUUUGAUUCGACCUUUUUUUAAAAGUUAUAUAGCGUGUUGUGGCGUUGGCAUCCAUUCCCAGCAUUCUUCCUACCCCCAACUUCAGCAUCUCUCCAGCCCCUCCAGCAUCCUUCUGUUCAUCCUCUGUGUUCUGCCUGUGCAGGUCAUUGUUACUCUGUAACUUUGUUUUAGCCUUACCUCAUUUUUCUUUUCUCUCUUUCUUUUAUUUUUUAUUAUUGAAUUCAUAAUUUCCUUUUUUAAAUCUUAAAUUAUUUUUUAAGUCUUAAACAUUGUGCCACAGAAACACUGAGAUAUUUUUGCUAGGUUUACCUGUGUGUAUGUAUGUGUGUGUGUGUGUGUGUGUGUGUGUGAGGGUGGGUGUGCGCUGUGACAUGAUUUCAGUGGUUUUCUUUGUUACUGCAUUGUUACUGUUUGUUCAUUUUGAAGCCCUCCAGAAAGCAAAGCUGCCAAAAGCUUCAGAAUGAAGACUGGAGGUUGACAUAGCAUUGCCUUGACUUCUUUAGAGACUCUUCUUUUUUUUAUUUUUUAUUUUUAAUUUUUUGAGAGGGUCCCGACAUCCACCCGACAAACUCCGGAAAGCAAAAUCCAUAUUUUUUGACUAUUUGCGUGGUCUCUGUACAUAAAAACGAAGAUGCGAGAAGGUACGUACGUGGAGAGCCAGAGAACCUUUAUCCGAAGAGGAUUGUAUUUAAGAAUAUAUAUUAUUUUAUUCAUAAAAAGGGGAUAAUAACGUGAUAAGAGACAAAAAAACAACAACAAAAGAACAAAAAAUAUAUUGUAUAGUUUUGUUUGAACGCCCAAGAUGUAUGGUUGUAUUGUUUGUAAAUAAUGUAAAUACCUGGUGCAAAGAAGGAGCCAUGUGCAUGACUUUAAGACAAUGACACAGAACAUAAUAUAAAGAAAAAAAAACUAGUAGUGGUUAUGGUCUGUAAAAAUGAUUAAAUUUCACUAUAAGAGUCUUUUAUUUGAACAAAAAGAAGAAAAAAAUGCUCUUGUGAAGAGCGUUUACAUAAAGCAUGACAUUGUUGCAAAAUCAUGGUAAAACUUACAGUAUGUAUAGAGUUAGGGGAGACCCAAAUAAUCUUAUCAGAUAUGACCUCUAGAUUACCUUUUUUUUUGUUUUGGUUAUGUUAUGGGUUUCUAUCAAGAAUUAUGUCAAUUUUAUUUGGUUUCCUGUUUUUUUUUUUUUUCAUUGUUUUGCCAAUUGUGCCAAUUAUCUGAUUAUACUAUCUGAUUAAUUCUAUCUAUUGCUCAACAGGAGUUAAGUUGCUAAAAUCUUUUGAGGAACAGAUGUAGAAGAAACAAUUCUUUUCAAGAAGUGAAUCAGGAUUCAUUUCAUUACCCAUCACCCAUCACCCAGUCCAUACAGUUAAAUUUAAAGGGAACAGUACAGCAGAAGAGUAGGUAUCACCCUGUUUAUGGCAAGCAUAAGAACAUAAGAAGCCCAGAAAUCAAAGUAAAAUGAGGUUGAUUGUGUCAUACCGUAUAGAAAAGAGGUGCUCAUGAGGUAUAGAUGAGGCACAGCCUUUUAGAAAGAGGUUAGGAAGAGGAGGAUAAAUGGAACAGUCUGAAACAGAGGAACCUCCCUCUGUGCUGGAGAAAGCUUCAGAGGAGAGCAACACAACAGUAACAGACAGUGAUCAGACCUGAAGAAAUAAGGUAGGACAGUCUCAGUUUCAGUCUAACAGAGCAGCAAAAGCUGUAGAGAACAGAGGAUCAUGCUAUUCUAUUAUCAUUACAUCUUACACGUAAGAUACAUAUACUAUUAAAGUGUUAUAAAAAAAAAAAUCAGAUUCAUAGGUUCAUAGUGAGUGUCUCUUGAGCAGUUCUCCAAGCAUGAAUGCUUUUAAUGCAUGAAGACAUGAAAGACUAAGGUUAAAGGUUAAGAUUAAGUGGGCACAAUCACAGUGGAUCUAGAUGGUUCUACACCCAUUUCAUUUGAAUGUCCCUACAUGGCAGCACAGUGCCUGUCUAUACAACAUUAAAGACACUGUGUUACACUGAGCUACGACAUGCUGCUGUAAAUAAGCAACAUUUCAUGAAGACUAGAUUAUUUAUAGUCUAAUUAGCUCAGUUUGUUGAUCAUCUAUCACCUGAUCUCUACAACAUCCAGUACAAACCUAAUAAUAAUAAUAAUAAUAAUAAUAAUAAUGAAAAAAUUCUGCAUGGCACGCUGAGGAAUUGAACAGUGCUUGAGUGCUGGUGUGUGCAUUAAGAAGAAAUGAUAAAGAUACUGAAGAUAAUUUUUAGAGGGCUCCACAGCACAGUGUUCAGUUUGCAGCCGUCUUAAAAAAAAGGGUUAUUCAGUACUAAAACAGUACCACAUCACCACGUCCAGGGUGCUUACAGUG